AGCUGCGCAGCCAGUCAGUCCAUAUGGUAUUCGAUGUUGGAGUAGCAGCAGCAGCUCGUUGCCGGUCUUCUCCAUCUGGCUUCUUUGCAGCAAGCGGAUGAGGGCCGUGUCUGACGCGAGUGAGAGACAACUAAGCCCUUUCUCCGUUGCUCUGCGUUCACUGCUCAGCUUCCGCGAUCCUCGAUUGCACGUUGCCCGCAUCCAGCAGCUGCUCGUGUCACCUAUGGCCACGCACCCGUCAGGGCAUUGCCUACCUCUUUAUGAGUUGUCGAAUGUCUGGUUUCCAGAUGUUCCCCUUCCCGAGGAACACCCAUCACAUCGUCUUUUCGGCGAUUAUUCAUCACAUACCGGCACUUUCCAGCGCUUUCACGUCCGCGUCAUCGAAGAUACGUCUCGCUCGUUGUGUUUGCAACUGUCCCAAACCAACUCAAUCUCAUUCUUGGCACUCCAAUCGACUGCGCACGGCAACGCUUUUCGCCUCCUAAUACCCGCAACAGCACGAGCUGACAGCAUAGACUCGAUCCCCUUCUCGUGGCUUUGCGUUGAUAACGAUAGUGUACUUUGAUCGUUCCCUCUUGUCUAUACAAUCGUCUUCGCAGCGUUCCGGGUUGUCUCAACAAGCGUCGAAAGCCACGCCCAGUUCUGUCUCUUCGCUGUACAAAAGUCACUGACACGCAAGACGCCCGCUCGACCCUACCCAGCACUCGAACAUUUGCAA